UUUUUUCUCCCUCCUUCCAACAAUGUUCCCAUGGGAUGAUAAAAUGGUUUAAGCAGGAAGUUAUUUAUGUGGGAUGAGAGUUGGGUGUGGGCAGAUGUCUUCAUUACACCCUUGGCCAUUUGUAAUGGAGACGUGGCCUAGUUUCCCAUGCACAGCAGGUAUAAAUAAAUAUCAACUGUUGGGGUUUCCAAAGCCUUCAGACAACAACUUUCACUCCAGAAUUUUGAUAAUAUCGAUAAUAUCUGGUUGUUGCAACUGAGCUUUCCUCCAAGUUGUCGAUUGCCUAAUCUCAGAGCCAACGUAGCCAGCAUUUUUUCUCUCUCUCUCUAGGUCAAUUGCUCAACCUAUAGUGUAGGAAAAUACCCAAAUGAAAUUAACUGAACCUGUUACAGAACCUAAAUUACCUGUGGCCACACCUUCCUGAGCAAUGCAAUUGCAUGUGUAAGGUAGGAUCCAGUAGCAGCCACACUCGUGACUAUUGGAGCAGUUUACAUGCUGCAGCAACGGCAACAGCAUUCUGCACUGAACAUUCAAGUUGCCAUUCAGCUCAGAACAUGGAGAGACUCUUGGCCCAGGAACAGAAAAUGCCAGGGCCAGCCAUACCCCAGCAGACUUCCUAAUUUGGAGUGAAAUGGCAAUUUGCUUCUGGUCCUUUAUCUUUACUUUGAUGCCACUUUUUGUGUCAGGUGUGUUACUGCCAGCUCCUCGGAACAUCACGAUCCUGUCCACUAAUAUGAAGCACUUUCUAGUAUGGAGCCCGGUGACGGUGCCUGGAGCAGCUGUAAAAUAUUCUGUCGAGUUUCAAGGAGAAUAUGAGAGAGACUAUGCCAACGACAGCUGGAUUCCCAUUGGAGAGUGUACGGGCAUUAGUGUUACUCAGUGUGACAUCACAGAAGACAUUUCUGCCACUGUGCCGUACGAUCUACGUGUCAGGGCAGGUGUGGGGACCAAGGCUUCGCACUGGGCCACUCUCAGCAGCUUCUUCAAUCGUGUCACAACCUCCCUCAUUCCACCUAUGUUGACCGUCACAGCUGAUGGAUAUCAUUUGCUAGUGGAACUUGAGCGUCUAGGACCUGCCUUUGAAUUCUGGAUAUAUUACUGGAAGAAGGGCCAAGGGCACAAGGUGUAUCACAAAGUGGUGAAAGACAGCAGCACUACCUUACAUAUGGACACCAUGGAAGCUGGUACUGAAUACUGUGUUAAAGCCCAGACCUAUGUUGAAGCCAUAAACCGGAGCAGCAAUUUCAGCCAGGUGCAGUGUGUGAGGGCCGAAGCAGGCAAAGCCAUAUUGGUCACCUUCGCCCCACUCUUCUUGGUUAUCUCUGUUGUGACUCUUUUGGCCCUUCUUUGGGUUGCCUGGAAAACAUGUCAGAUCUGCCAGUAUUCCUGCUGCCCGAACGAGAGCCUGCCGGACACUUUGAAAGUAACAGAAUCACCUGCUAGGCUACUAAAUUACGGGGGAGAGGAGACGGAGAAAUGUGAUGAGUCUGUGCAAGUGCUACCCCCUGAAGAGCUUCUCCGCUUGUGGAUUCAUGAAACUCUUUAAUAUCACACCAAGGACACAAUCUGCAAGAUGAGACUGCAGUGCUGCUCUCCUUUUUGCCUCUCCGAGUAAGGCACACAUACACACACAGUGCACACACACAGGUAGCUUUCCUCUCCUAACAACACAAAGAUAGAAAAUUGAGGAUUUGCUUUCUUCAAAGGGAAAGGCAUCAUGUGGCCAGCAAGACGGGUUGUUUCAC